AUUAUUCCACCAUUUCAGAGUCGAACAUCCUGCUGGUGGUUACAAGAAACUGUUUGAAACUGUGGAGGAACUGUCCUCACCGCUCACAGCUCAUGUUACAGGCAGGAUCCCCCUCUGGUUGACCGGCAGUCUCCUUCGAUGUGGGCCAGGACUCUUUGAAGUUGGAUCUGAGCCAUUUUACCACCUGUUUGAUGGGCAAGCUCUCCUGCACAAGUUUGACUUUAAAGAAGGACACGUCACAUACCACAGAAGGUUCAUUCGCACUGAUGCUUACGUACGGGCAAUGACUGAGAAAAGGAUCGUCAUAACAGAAUUUGGCACCUGUGCUUUCCCAGACCCCUGCAAGAAUAUAUUUUCCAGGUUUUUUUCUUACUUUCGAGGAGUGGAGGUUACUGACAAUGCCCUUGUUAAUAUCUACCCAGUGGGGGAAGAUUACUAUGCCUGCACAGAGACCAACUUCAUUACAAAGAUUAAUCCCGAAACCUUGGAGACAAUUAAGCAGGUUGAUCUUUGCAACUAUGUCUCGGUCAAUGGAGCCACUGCUCACCCCCACAUUGAAAAUGAUGGGACUGUUUACAAUAUUGGUAAUUGCUUUGGGAAAAAUUUUUCAAUUGCCUACAAUAUUGUAAAGAUCCCUCCACUACAAGCAGACAAGGAAGAUCCAAUAAGCAAGUCAGAGAUCGUUGUACAAUUCCCCUGCAGUGACCGAUUCAAGCCAUCUUAUGUCCAUAGUUUUGGUUUGACUCCCAACUAUAUUGUUUUUGUGGAGACACCAGUCAAAAUUAACCUCUUCAAGUUCCUUUCUUCAUGGAGUCUUUGGGGAGCUAACUACAUGGAUUGUUUUGAGUCCAAUGAAACCAUGGGGGUUUGGCUUCAUAUUGCUGACAAGAAACGAAAAAAGUAUAUCAAUAAUAAAUACAGGACAUCUCCUUUUAACCUCUUCCAUCACAUCAAUACCUAUGAAGACAGUGAGUUUCUGGUUGUGGAUCUCUGUUGCUGGAAAGGAUUUGAAUUUGUUUAUAAUUACUUAUAUUUAGCCAAUUUACGUGAGAACUGGGAAGAGGUGAAAAGAAAUGCCAGAAAGGCUCCCCAGCCUGAAGUUAGGAGAUACGUACUUCCUUUGAAUACUGACAAGGCUGACACAGGCAAGAAUUUAGUCACACUCCCCAACACAACUGCCACUGCAAUUCUGUGCAGUGAUGAGACCAUCUGGCUGGAACCUGAAGUUCUCUUUUCAGGGCCUCGCCAAGCAUUUGAAUUUCCUCAAAUCAACUACCAGAAGUAUGGUGGGAAACCUUACACAUACGCAUAUGGACUUGGCUUGAAUCACUUUGUUCCAGACAGGCUCUGUAAGCUGAACGUCAAAACUAAAGAAACUUGGGUAUGGCAAGAGCCUGAUUCAUACCCCUCAGAACCCAUCUUUGUUUCUCACCCAGAUGCCUUGGAGGAAGAUGACGGUGUAGUUCUGAGUGUGGUGGUGAGCCCUGGGGCAGGUCAAAAGCCCGCUUAUCUCCUAAUUCUGAAUGCCAAGGACCUGAGUGAAGUUGCAAGGGCUGAAGUGGAGAUUAACAUCCCUGUCACAUUUCAUGGACUGUUCAAAAAAUCCUGAGCACAUUCUAGCCUAAUAUGUUUCUGGUGACAAAACCCAGAACAACAUAGUCAGGUCUGCAGUGAAAUUCUGUUCAGUUUCAGCCUGCUGUAUAUGAGUUUUAACUUGCAGAUGCACACAAUUUUGCAGUGUUUUACAGAACGCACAGAGUUGAGUAAGCAAUUCCUUUUAAAAAAAAGUGCAUAUUUAGGUAAUCAUACUUUCUCUGUGAGACAGACACAUCAUAACUAAAAACUCUUUAUAUAUUUACAAUCAAAGAGCAAAUGAAUGUGGAUUUAUUAACCUGUUUUUUUAUUCCUAUUAUAAAAGUGUAUUUUAGGUACCUAUCUGCUCCAAUUAUUUUUUAACACUUAAAAGCCAGUCCUCUACACCUGAUUUGUAUGUGGCUUUGCUAAGUCAAAGCAGUAUCUUGCAAAAAGGCUUAAUUAUUAAAUGUCAAACCAAACUUUUUCUCAAACCAGGGACUAUCAUCUAAGACAAUCAUUGUAAUUGUAUGCAUAUAUAUAUUAUUGUUCAAAGAUUCUCAAGUUUUAUAAACUUUAACAUUUCCAUUUAAUAUAAGCAAUUACUACUAUUUCUGAUUUUACAAUGAGGAAACCUAUCUCUAAUCCACUGAGGGCUCUCAACCAAAUAAUUUCUCAGAGAUUAAGUUAUCUAUUAAAAGCUUACAUAACAUCCAAGCAAUUACAUAUAGUAGUGACUGUAAUUUUUUUGAAAAACAGAGCAUAAAAUACUGACAAAUAUAAUUUCUGUUUAAAAUCAGAGUAUGGGGUAAUAAUAUGUGUGUGGGGGGUUAUACUUUGUUGCCUCGUCUGCUUAAUUAUAUUUAAGCACUGUGCA